AGCAACACAUAUCUGUGGAAGAAAAAAAAAAAAUCAGUGCUGCGGUCGCGUUCAUGCGUUUGUUUAUCCAGUAGGCCUUUUUAGUUUCAGCUCCCGGUUCACAUUUCAUACAGAUCUGUGGCGGGUUCGGGACCGAGGUAGAGCCGUGAAACUGAUGGAGAAGUUUCGGAGUUGCUGUCAGCUAUGGUUGGAGUAGUCGAGACGUGGAAGGCACCAGAGGCGUCCCGACAGAGGUGGCCAGUGAGCGGACUGUAGCUCCAGCAGAACUGGACCGUGUGGAGCGUUCACUGUCUGCUCGCAGUGAAACAAUGGAAAUGUGUCUGCUGCCACACGGAGCCCUCGGUGAGCGCCUCGGUGCAGCUGACACGAUCUGAGCGCACUUUUGCUUGUCGGGGUUUUUGCACACAUCGACAGGACUACGGCCAAUGAGAGCUGUGGUGCCACAGUAACACACUGGUCUGGUGUCAGCUGCGGACGGACGGACGGACGCGAGCGGUAUUUGUCAAAGCGCUGGUAAACACGGCGAGCGGCACCAUGUGGAGCCCGGGGACGUGGCUGUGGAGAGCGGCGGUGUGCUGCGUGCUGCUGGAAACAUGUCUGCACAGUGCCAGAGGUCUCAACAUGUGUAUGAGUGGCAGCGCUACUUCCUGUGAAGAAUGCCUCCUGAUUCACCCCAGCUGCGCCUGGUGCGCACAAGAGGACUUUGGGAGGGGGCGGGGUCUGACGUCCCGGUGCGAUCUGAUUCAAAACCUGCAGCGGAGGGGCUGCGGGGCGCAGUUCAUCGAGUACCCCACCAGCAGCAUCUCUGUCCUGAAGAACAUGCCGCUGAGUUCUACGGGCUCGGGGUUGGCCCAGUUCGACGUCGUCCAGAUCAUGCCUCAAAAGAUCUCUCUCAGCCUGCGGCCGGGAGAGCAGACGUCGUUCGGGCUGCAGGUCCGGCAGGUGGAGGACUACCCAGUGGAUCUCUACUACCUGAUGGACCUCUCGCUUUCCAUGAAAGAUGAUCUGGACACCAUCCGUAACUUGGGCACCAAGCUGGCGCACGAGAUGGGCAAGCUCACCAGCAACUUCAGGCUGGGCUUUGGGUCCUUUGUGGAUAAAAACAUGUCCCCCUUUUCCUACACAGCACCCAAGUACCAGGAGAAUCCGUGCAGCGGAUACAAACUGUUCCCCAACUGCGUCCCCACCUUCGGUUUCCGCCACAUUCUCCCGCUGACUGAUAAGGUGGACCGCUUUAACGAGGAGGUGCAGAAGCAGAUGGUGUCUCGCAACCGGGACGCACCAGAGGGCGGCUUUGACGCCAUCCUGCAGGCUGCUGUUUGCAAGACGGAGAUCGGCUGGAGAAAGGAGGCCUACCACCUGCUGGUGUUCGCCACAGACGACGUCCCCCACCUCGCUCUGGACGGCAGGCUGGGAGGCCUCGUCGAGCCCCACGACGGACAGUGUCACCUCAAUGACAGGAACGAGUACAGCGCCUCCACCGAGAUGGACUAUCCCUCUCUGGCUCUUCUGGGGGAGAAACUGGCAGAAAAUAACAUUUUCCUCAUCUUCGCAGUGACAAAACGGCUGUAUGUUAUUUAUAAGAAUUUUACUGCACUCAUACCUGGAACCACAGUAGAGAUCCUGGACCAGGACUCCAAGAAUGUAAUUCAGCUCAUCAUCGCAGCUUACAAUAACAUCCGUUCUAAAGUGGAGCUGUCAGUGUGGGAUCACCCAGAGGACAUCAGCCUUUCCUUCACCGCCACCUGCCAGGAUGGAAAGCCGCUGCCAGGCCUCAGGAAGUGUGCCGACCUGAAGAUAGGAGACACGGUGUCGUUCAACGUGGCUGUGGAGGCGAGGGGAUGCCCGCCCCGCGGCACUGACCAGAGCUUCACCAUCAAGCCGGUGGGGUUCAAAGACCGCCUGGAGGUGGCUGUGAACUAUCAGUGUGACUGCGGCUGCAGUCAGACAGCGCAGACCAACAGCAGCAUCUGCAGCUCCAUAGGUACUUACAACUGUGGGACUUGUCGCUGCGAGCCUGGCUACCUGGGCGCCCGCUGCGAGUGCCAGGAGGGCGAGGCCAGCAGCACGUACCACAGCGCCUGCCGGGAAGCCGAGGGCAAGCAGAUCUGCAGCGGACGAGGAGAGUGCAGCUGCAACCAGUGCCUGUGCUUCGAGUCGGACUUUGGCAAGAUUUACGGCAGCUUCUGCGAGUGUGACGACUUCUCCUGCGCCCGGCACAAAGGAGUCCUCUGCUCAGGUCAUGGAGAGUGCCACUGUGGGGAGUGUAAAUGCCACGCUGGUUACGUCGGAGACAACUGUAACUGCUCCACAGAGACGUCGCCCUGCAUUUCAGACGAUGGGAAGAUGUGCAGCGGGCGAGGCAACUGUGUGUGCGGCCGCUGUCAGUGCACCGAGCCAGGAGCCUUUGGAGAUACCUGCGAAAAGUGCCCCACCUGCCCUGACGCCUGCGGCACUAAAAGGGAGUGUAUCGAGUGCCGGCUUUUCAACUCAGGACGACUUGCAGACAACCAGACGUGCCAGCGCCUGUGCAAGGAUGAAAUCAUCACCGUGGAGAACCUCAAAACGGACGACCCCGGCGCUGUGCUUUGUCUCUAUAAGACAGACAACGAUUGUGUCAUGAAGUUCACGUAUUCUGAGCACGCCAGCGGACAAUCCAUCCUCACAGCUCUGAAAGAGCCAGAGUGUGGUGGUGGUCCAGAAGCUAUGACGGUGCUGCUGGCAGUGGUGGGCAGCAUCCUGCUGGUGGGAGUUGUUCUGCUGGCUGCCUGGAAGCUGGUCAUCACCAUCCACGACCGGCGAGAGUUUGCACGUUUUCAGAGUGCACGUUCACGAGCCCGAUACGAGAUGGCAUCCAACCCUCUGUAUAAGCAGCCGGUCUCUACACACUUUGUGGAAACAGAUUUCAACAUGUACGGGAAGUCUUACAACGGAGGGCUCCACUGAUCCCUCGGCACGGGGCGCGGCAGGACCGGUCCAACACACAGAUCCCUGGAGGACGGGGGGCCAAGGUGGACGGCGGACUGAACACACUCAUCCCUCUGCACGGCUCGCAGCUGAGAUCAGACGUGGAAUGAACUAGACUGUGUCUGAGGGAGGAAUCUGUGGCCUUCUUAUCUUUCAGAGGAGAUUCAAGCCUACCACAGAGACAUGACGUGACUUUUUUUUUUUUCUUCUUCAUCUGUGUGAUUCACUGACAGCAGUGGUGGCUGGUGGAGGAGCGAUGCAGCAUGAACUCUUUGGGUUUGUUUGAAUAAAGAGAGUAGAGUUAGAGUCUGCAGUUACACAAGAUAAACCAAGUCUCUCAUGAAAACCAUAACUCCCCCCACAGAAAACCACACUCAUUCUUUGUACCGAGCAGGCAGGACAUUGGCUUAUAUUUGUAUAUUUUUAUAAACACUAAAAAUGCCUUUUUUUAGUAUCAACUAUGCACCCAACUGGACUUUUGAACUAUUUGAUUAUCACUCUGCAGAAUUUCAAAUUUACAGCAUUUUUAAAUUAGCACAAAUUUCUAAGGUGACUACGAUGAUAUUGCGGUUCUACUAACAUUUACUAAGCAAUAGAUUUCUUACCUUCAUUUUGCACAGAGAAUAUAAAGAAUCAAGUCUUGUAAAGAUUUAGAUUUUGUGUUUGUGUUUGUGUGUGUCUGUGUUUUCCUGUAUGCUCCAAUUGCACUCCCUUCUCUUAAUCUGAAUUGCAGGGUUCCAACCAACCCCCAGCCUCUGAACCCCUAAAUGAUAAGACUGGUGUGACUCCAUGUUUUUCUUUUUGUCAACAGAUGUCAUGAAAAGACCAAAACUCACAAUAUGGUUUUCAUACCCUAUCAAGCUUAUUUUUAAUUAUUGAAGACACAUGUUAAAGGUCCAGUGUGUAGGAUUUAGGAGGAUGAUAUUCCCAAUAUUUUUUCAUUAUUGUAUAAUCACCUAAAACUAAGAAACGUUAACUUGCUGUACCUUAGAAUGAGCUUUUUAUAUCUACAUAGUGAGCAGAACCUCUGGUCGACACUGUAGGGGAGGUUGAGAUGAGGGGUAUUCAGUUGGUCUGUAAGUACACUGCUUGAUGCUACUAAGGAGUAUUUACAGUAAAACCAUUAUUAAUAGAUUACCUGAUUAGUUAAGUGACAGAAAAUCUGCAAUUUGUCUUUUCUUUUUCUUUUUUUAAAAAAACCCACCAAACUAUUCUCUAAUUUUGGCGUCAGGAUUUGCUGCUUUUCCUUGUUUUGCUAUCAUUGUAAAUUUAGCAUGAAACACUCGGGCAUUGGGAAAUUAUGGCUUCUUUCCUGCCAUUUUCAGACAUUUGUUUACUAAAUUAAUGAAGAUAACAAUAGCGUGAAAAUAAUUGAUAAUUGCAUGUGGCUCAUUAACAGUGGAACUCUGUAGCACAGACGCGUGAGCUGUAUCAAGCUUUGGAUACACAUUUUCUUAUUUUGAUGAAUUUAUUGGUGGUUUUGGUCUUUUGGCUGGAUGUGUUGACAGAGAAUCUGAAAAAUCACCAGUCCCUGAACCCUUAAAAACAAACGCCUCACAAUCAGAGACACGUUCACAUGAUAGAUACAGUAGAUCCAGCACUAUGGUAACUGCCUUAAAGCAUUCUCAUAUGAUCGAAGUAGAUUUGUUUUUUAGUGAUGAAUCUCUCUCAUGUCUAACUUGGAAUACAGGCACAUGCAAUGCUUUGAUUUAAUGUAGAUUUGGGCAUAUGAUAUGGCUGGCUGCUACAUUAUAAAGUCCCUGUGACGCUGUGUCCACCCUGUCUGCGCCAGGAAUGGGUGGAAACGUUGAGACACCUCGAAGGACCCUGUCCAGAGUCAUAAAUCUGCCCUCACUGUUCCCACAGGAAGAGGUGGAGUCUGAAGUGUCACAGGGAAAUCUGACAGUGAGAAAUGCUGGAUGGGUUGAGACAGAAGGGUGCUCAGUGGCCUUUUAGUGAUGGUCAGACAUUAAAAGUAGCAGGGACUUGGAGUAUGUAUGUGUAAGCGUGUGUCUGAGCGAAAAAGAGUUUAUGUAAAUAAUAUUACAUGGGGUAUAUGUGUACAUACAGUGCCAAAUUAAAUGUUUUCAGUUGACUUGGCUGUGUGUCUUGGCACAGCUUACUAAAACUCUGCCACACCUUUUCAGCUCCGACAUGAAUCUGUAGUAUGAAGUUCUUCCUGUACAGUUGUGAAGAUUUUCACCUGGUUGAACAGUCCACCAUGGGACCCACACCACUACAUGUUUAUGUAAUACUGCACACAGAGCAAGAACAAUAAAUCUGCUUAUGUCAAACGCCAA